UCCGCCUCAGGCACAUAGCAGCACGGGAGGCAGAUUUCCACAGGCUUGCCAUGCAGGAGCGCCGCGACUUCGGUGAGUUCCUCAGCCCCGACGACUUGCGGCUGCUUCACCUCAGACGCCGCUCCAUACGGCGGGUCGUUUCCGCCUACCUGUUGUCGGGCGUCUUCAUAGCCAUCGUGUACACCGCUACACCCAUCAGCGCUGAAGGGCUGCCGUAUAUCCUGGCGCUGCCGUACGAUGCGACGCAGCCGCUCGCCUUCGCGGCCACGUGGCUCUACUGCGCCUACAUUGUCUUCAUCAAGUGUAUCGCGACCAUGGCUGCCGACUCCUUCAACAUCAGCCUGAUGGUUCAGCUGCGCAACCAACUCGAUUUGCUGAGCAGAAACCUUCGGAGCCUAAGCGACAGUGUCUCACACACGAAAUCUUCUUCGUUCGAAACACACUCUAUCCAAAAUAUACACAGUUCAGAAGAUUUAAGCCACGACAUACACUAUCGGUUGCGAAAGAGCGUCCUUCAUCAUCAAGCAAUCAUAAGGAACUUUGAGCUGCUGGAGCAGUGUUUAGGCGGGAUGUUACUGGGACAAUGCCUCUCCGUCGGGGUGUGCUUCUGCUUUCAGCUUUUUCAGACUGCCAAGAGGUCUAAUGGUGUGCAAGAAGUCGGUAAGAGCAGCAGCUACCUGGUCUUCGAACUCUCAGUACUCUUCGUAUACUGCUGGUACGGGGACGAUCUCAUUUCGGAGAGCGAAAAAGUGGCAUUCUCGGCUUACGACGCGGUGACUUCACUGCAGGAAUGCCCGACGUCAACCAAACGGUCGCUGUUGCUUCUGAUGCUCAGAGCUCAACGGGCGCUACGAAUCACUGCUGGUGGCUUCUUCUCUCUCUCCAGAGAGUCCUUCAUAUCAGUUUUGAAUGUGUCGUAUUCAUUCUUCACUGUUCUUCGUAAUUUCCGUGAUGAAUAGAAAUACCUGACUUCAGUUUGCUUCGCUAAUUCCGACCUUCUUUGCCUACAAUGAUCAAUAAAGUGGUACUGGA